GUCGUCGGAUGGGAGGGCCGGAACAGUUUUUGGCGACAGGACAGAGGGAAGGAAUAUAAAAGGUCAGCUUUGGGGAGGGGGGCAAGUCAAGCCGAGAAGAAUUUGACAUAAUCACACAGGAUAUUUUACUACAGAUCAUGACUGACUUUGACAUGGUUUUGAAGCACUGGGGUCCAGUGGAGGCGGACUACGCCAGCCAUGGGAACCUGGUGCUGACCCGCUUAUUCACAGAGCACCCAGACACCCAGAAGCUGUUCCCCAACUUUGCCGGCAUCCCUCAGGGAGACCUGGCUGGUAACGCAGCCAUUUCUGCCCACGGUGCCACGGUGCUGAGGAAACUUGGUGACCUGUUGAGGGCCAAAGGAAACCACGCUACCAUCCUCAAACCUAUGGCCAACAGCCACGCCACCAAGCACAAGAUCCCCAUCAAUAACUUCAAGCUGAUAACCGAGGUCAUCGCCAAGGUGAUGGAGGAGAAGGCAGGACUGGAUGCAGCCGGGCAGCAGGCCCUGAGGAACGUUAUGGCCGUUGUCAUCACUGACAUUGAAGCAAACUACAAAGAGCUGGGCUACGCCGGCUGAAAUUGAAUGUGACACAAGUCAUGCCGGGGUCAAAUGAUGAGAUUUGAAUAAAUAAAUUAGAUCACUGAUUAGCAUCACCGUAAAUCGCAGCUCCAGAUGUUGAAAGAUCACAAAGCACAUAAAAAAACCUCAACAAAUGUAAGAGUCAUUGCAGGAUCACUGUACUAGAGUGUGUUUGAUUGUUCUCUGCUCUGUAAUAAGCAUGGUUUAUUACAUUGAUUUAGACAUAUAGACAUCAACAUACUGUAAAGUUUGAUCACUUAUCAUCAAUAAAACUCUUUGUUGCUCAA